CGGCAACCGCAACUCCCGGCGGCGGCAGCUCCUCGUCCCCGGCAGGGAGCGGCGGCGCCUGGCGUGUCCCAGGGGAGCAGGGAAUGCUGGUGAGGACGUUCCCCACCGCCUCUCGUGGAGCUCGGUAUUACUCUUAACACAUCACCAAAAUGAGUGAAAAGGAAGCUCAAAGAGAUCCUGAUCAACAGGAAGAUCAAGCAGAUGUGGGUGAUUCAACAGAAAAUGCAGAAUAUGAGGAUGAUUUUGAAAAAGACACAGAAUGCCUAACUGAUGAAGAAGAAAAACAAAAACUUGGUGAAAAAGAGAAUCCUGAAAAAAAGGAAGAGGAUGUUGAAGCAAAAAUUGUUAAAGCUGCAGACAACUUUCAGGAAGACAAUGAAGAAAUGAAAGAAAAUCUAGAGCAGCUUUCAGAGACAGAUGUAAACGUGAAAGUGAUAUACUCUAAUGAAAAAUAUUUGCAAUCCGGGUCAGAUAUUGAACAGGAGGACCACGAAUCUGAUGCUGAGAGAGAAAGCUCUAUCCAGGAAUCCAGGCUGGAAAAUGAGCAGGAACUGGAUGAGGGAGAGGAUGAAGAAAUAAAGCGUUAUGUCUUGGAAAAGAUUGAAGAAGCCAACAAAGAGCUGGAAAAUCAGGCUCCUGUGGAUGCAAACAGAGAACGGAAAUUAAAAUUUGAGGAUGAAGUGAAUCUUCAAGCUCCUCCUCCAAGAGAUGCUGAAGUUGGUAAAACUGACCUUGCAAGAGGAGACGUUUCAGAUAUUGAAACUCAACAGACUUCAGAAUUCGUCGGUUCUUUGCCUACUGCCUCUCAAGCGAAAGAAAUGCCUCCAUCUGACUCUAAGCAGCAGCCAGAUUCGGCUUUGAAUGGUGCACAAGAUCUGGAAAAAGAGAAGACUGAGUCUGCAAACAUACCUGUGAAAAGCUCCACUUACAGUCUUACUCCCAGACAAAAAGAAUUAAGGAGGCAGAUAGAACUAAGGAAAGAAAGACUGAAGAGAGAGGAAGAAGAAAAGAAAAGGGAACUAGAAGAAAUGAGAAGAAGACAGAAUGAAAUGGUUUUUAAAGCUUGGUUACAAAAGAAGAAAGAACAGGUACAACAAGAAAAGCGAAUUCGUCGUGCAAAACAGAUGGAAGAGCUGAGCAUCAAAGAGGUGCACAGGGAUCCAGAAGAAGCCUACCAGUUAUGGCUUAAAAAAAAGCACCAACAGUAUGUGAGAGAAAGACGGAUAGAAGUCUUGAGACGCCAAACUGAGGAAGUAGCCUUUUUUCCAAGCCCAGAGGAUUGCGACAGAGCUUUUAGAGACUGGCUGAGAAGGAAGAGAGAAGAAAAAGAAGCAGCAGAACUAGCUGCUAAAGAGAGAGCCAGGCAGCUUAGAUUAGAAGCCAGAAGAGCAAGACAAAUGCGGAAUUCCACUAUAUUUAAUUCAAAGCCCAAAUCCUUUUGUUUCUCAGAUCAUUACAGUUGAAAAUUUGAUGUAGCCACGGAGUUCUUGGUGACAAUCUUCUUAAUUUUUAUGGCUUGAAUUUUUGUCCUUUACAGCUACUGACUUUUUGUGGUGUUUUUAAAGCUUUCAAGCAAGUUUAACAAUUACCUUCAGUGACAAUGAUUUUACUAUCUAUUUAUUUGUAAUUUAGUUGAAAAGCCUGCUUUAAUGCAUAACUCAGGGAUCUCCUUGGUUUAACCAAAUCUAAAUGAGUGCAAGAUGUAUAUAUGAGGGUGGCAAAUACACAUUCCCUUCUUUAAAAGGCACUUUAUAUUCUGCUCCAUCGUGGAUUCCUGGAUGCAGGCUACUGUGUAAAACAUUGAAUUUUUGGUGGAUUAGUAUUGCUGUUUGAUGCUGCUAGUGAUUAAGACUGUGCAAGGUGUUAUGUUGUUGGAAAAUGAUGUUUCUUGUAUCACUUCCUGUUGAUCCGUUGACCAGCUCUAGGACUGUGUUCUUUUAGGUUCCUGGAAAGUGGUGAUUUGAAUACUAAUGUGUAGGUGAUCGUGCAACAGGUUUUGAAACUUACUUCUGUGAGUCAAAUUCAGUAGUGUUCUAUUCCAUGGAGUUAAAAGCUUGUG